AACUUAGGAAAAGGGAGUUCUCUUUUUUUUUUCUCUGACUUCUUUCUACAGUUCUGUAAGGCUGUGUAGUGGAAAGAAUUCCUGUUGUCUUGAAUGGAUGCUGGUGCUGGCGUGUUAGUGAACACUUAGGCAGUGUAUGUGGACUACAUUAUCUAAAGGAUUUGGUAAUGCGUUGCCUGCACGCAAAAGGAAGUGAUGAUUGGGAUGGAGGUUUCUUAAGAACUGAGUGGACUUGGAUCCUGUAUGUUUUACUUCUACAUGCAAGAGCUGCUGCUUUUGCCUUCAGCCUUGUUUUUUCCUGUUUUUCAUUCCCCAGAUAUUUUGCAAAUUGAUUUCUUCCCUAAUGUUCUUCCCCCAUGGAAUUGCUAGAAAACCAGUAGAGCAUCAUAUGGCAAAACGUACCACAGGCCGGGAAAGCAUGUUAUGGCUUUUCUGCCCUGCCAGAGCUGCAGACCUGCCCCGAGGGUCUGAUGGGGCUGGCUGCAUCCGUCACCCCUCACACGUGUGGCGGCCAGCACAGAUGCGCUUUUGGCACUUCCAUACGGCACUGACGUUUCUCUCCUCAGGAAGAGCGUGAUGCCAUGGAGGAGUGGUGUCCGUCGGCUCUUCAUCUGGAAUUGGUUGGGUCAGCUCAGCGGCACCACCGUUAAUGAGUUUUGGGGGCAGGAGGGAGUCUUGCAAGAUGCAGGUUUUUUUUCCUUGUUGUUGCUUUUUUUUUUUUUUUUUUUUUUGCUAUUUCUGGUUUCACAUCUCAAAUAGGGAAGAAACGAACAAACAAAAGCCUAGGGCACAGAACUCCCAAACUUUUCAGAAAGGUUGUUUGUGUUGGAUGUCAGUGUGAGGAGAAACUGCAUCAAUUCCUUUGUAAAGGGAAGUUUCCUAGAAGUCCUGUCCCAGAUCCUGUUCCAGGCUCGGUGAGCACCAGCGAUCGGGCAUGGACAGUGCAGUAGUUUUACAAGCUUGUUCCAAGCAAGGAGAGACCGAUUGUGAGGCACGGACGCUUGCGUCUCAAAGUCCUCAGAGUUCAGAGCUUGCGAUGGAGCAACGGGCAGUGUGCUCCCGAGGGCAGCGGUGUUUAAGCAAAAGACUUUGAAAGAAAACCGCUCAGUCUGUACCCAUUCUGCCUUUCAGUGUUGGCCUGGUCCUGUGCGGAAGAUUUCCUGGAGGUCUGCACGGUGGUACAGGCAGGGCUUAUUGUAGAAGCAGGAUGGAAGAAAUGGGGUGAAGUGUUGUAUUUGACUACAGUUUGUCAUGUAUCAAAGAAAGUAUGGCCUAACUAAGAGUGGUUUUCUAAGAAAAGGAAAUGAACUGUCAGGAAUUAUAGUAAACAUUUGGGAAGCUUUGAAAUUAUUUAUUAGGAGCAGCGUAUCCUCCGGGUUUGCAAAAAGGCUCUGCUUUUAGCAGGAGAAAGUUAUAUUUACCUGAAGAUAAAUGUGAUUUAAUGGUAACCAACUGAUUACAAGGUUCUUUCCUUAAUAGAAGAGCUGCUGGUGAAAAUGCAGAAGAUUAGGAUUGCCUCAUGGAGGCUUUACAUUACUUGAAUGUAAGUAAGUGUAUCCUACUUCUUGCCGAAAGUGCAAGUAAUAAUUUUGUGCCACGUCCCUGCCAUCAGCAGUGGAGCAGAUUGCCUGAGCAGUUGGAGGCAGAUUUGGUGCUUUCCUUUCUGGCCCCGGGUGUGCUUUUCCUGGCCAGGAGACCAGAACAGAGCACCCCUUCUGCUUGUCCAAUUGUGGACAUAGAGAAAAGCUCCAAAGCCAGUCCCUUCCCCAGACGCCAGUGGAAGUUAUGCUUUGGAAAAGGAUUAGGUCAUUGUUACUUUUUCCCCUCUCUCUUUGUUUUUUCCUCCACAAUGUUCAUUGUUUAUGAGCAGGUCCUUUUCUCUCUGUCAGCUGGUGUGUGUUUUUUGUUUGGAGGGACUUAAGAUUUUUUUUUUUGCUUAUGUUAUUUACAAGGGACUUAGGAAAAUGUAUAGAGAUGCCUGCCCAAUGCUUUUUGUGAAGUUUAUAAUGCAAAUAAAAUAGUGAUGGAGUAAAAAGCCGCCUGUGAAAAGACAUUGUUAAGAAACAAGUUGUUUUGGAGAAAAGUUAAGCAAUACUUUAUUUGAUUUUGUUUUGCUUUUCUUUGCUUCGUUGGCUUCCAAAUCAGCAUUGAAAAAUACCUGCCAGCUGUAAUUAUCUUACUGGAAGCUUAAUUCAAGGUCUAAUUUUACUGGAAGCCUGAAGGACAGGAGGAGGCCAGAGCUGGAGAAUGGCAUCUUACGUUGACUGAUGGCUGUGUCAGACGUACUUAAGGUAAAAGUCUCUUGACAACCACGCAGGAAGGUGGAUUAUUUUUAAAACAAUGAGCAUGCGUCUCUAGACAUGAUUUGUGGUUCAGUCCAGCUGGAGCUGUCUGAAUGAAGCUAUGGGCUGUGCGUCAGCCAAGCAUGUUUCUACUGUUCAAAAUGAAGAGGAAACUCAGAAGGGGAAAAACUAUCAGAACGGCGAUGUGUUUGGUGAUGAGUAUAGGAUCAAACCAGUGGAAGAGGUCAAAUACAUGAAAAAUGGGGGAGAAGAUGAUCAGAAAAUAGCAGCCAGGAACCAAGAAAACUUGGAAAAAAGUGCCAGUUCAAAUGUAAGACUUAAAUCUAAUAAAGAGAUCCCAGGAUUAGUACAUCAACCCAGAGCAAACAUGCACAUCUCUGAAAGCCAACAAGAAUUCUUCAGAAUGCUUGAUGAAAAAAUUGAAAAGGGUCGUGAUUAUUGUUCAGAAGAGGAAGAUGUCACAUAGUGCCAAUUCUGCCAAUCAAACCAGGAAUACUACUGUGUAAAUAGAUUACAACCCAGUUGACACCUUUUGGAAGUCUUCUAGAGCGAACAGCACUACAUAACAGAAGAAGAUCAUUUCCACAUUAUAUGCUCCAUUCAGUUACAGUGUUUCUUAAUGAACAGAUGAGGAAUAUUGCUAAGAACUCGUAAGGAACUGUUUUUGUUGCUGCUAGUUAAAACUUGUUGCAACUUUUCACUUUCUCUGUGUCCAGAUACGCAGCAAAUCCUUAAAGUUAAUCUGAAAGACGUUGUUGAUUUUAUUAAGGCUUCUGGCCUGUUUUCUAUCUAAUAAGGUAGUGUUAUACAAAGCUUCCAUAAGUGAACAUUCAAGCAUCUGAGAACACCCUUAAGCUGUCUGUCAGUCCGCGUACGGGCUGGAGUGCUUAUUAAUGCUGGUGAUUUCAAGCUUUGGAGAUGGGAUGUUUUGCCAUGGCAGGCCUUGUUUCUCUGCUCAGAAGAAGGCUGAGAAACUAUUAUCCAUUAAAAGCAUGUUAUCACUGAAAUACUGGAAGUGAUGCAGGAGCGGGAAUUUGUAUUUUAAGAGGAAAAGAGUUUCAUUUAAUAGGUAUCUUAAUCAAGGACUAAGCUUGCAGUAUUGGCUUUGCUGAGCACGAAUGGGAGUGUGAUCACAAUCAUUUUGAAUCUCUUUUUUUCUAAGAAAAUAAACAUUUUACUGUUUUUAUGUA